UGAGAGGUUCAAAACAAACUAUAUUUUAUCAACUAUUUAAAAAAUUAGUGGCCCUACGAAAGCAUUAAGUUUUGUUAUUUAUACAUCUAACGAAUAUUUGAGUAUUUGAAUCAUUUAAAAUAGUGUGGUGUGUUACAAAAUGGCUAAAAAAGACUCCGUACCUGAUCCGGAAGAAGCCAACCGUAUGUGGGCGAGCACCUCCUUCGUGGGCGUGCUACUCAUCAUCGGCGUACCUCUAUGGUGGAAAACAACAGAAGUAUACAGGGUGGCCUUGCCGUACGACAAGAUAAACGCAUUCGACACGGAGUCCCACUUCAUCACAUCAGAGGUGACGGUGCUGGCGAACGAUGAUCAAACCGCCAACAACAUUGCUGACCUGUUGAAGAAAGAGUUUGAACAAUUUGAUGUGAUAAAACUCAAGAUUAAGAAACAGAUACUCACGGAGAAUCUGCGAAAUGCACUGGAUAAAGUGACCGAGGAACAAGAGGCCUUGGAGGAGGUGGAUGCAGUGUUCAACACCAAACUCCACAACUCCUUCUAUCUGGUGCAGAGGAAACCUCUGUUCAAGGACGUUUGGAUCGGUACGGAAAGGGUGGCUUUCUUCAGGGAUUCUAAAGCGGCAUCAAUCGUCGUUGAAGCGUUAAAGAACUGGAUAUACGAGCCAUCAGUGCUGCAUGGAGCCAGGUCUGAAAAGGCGGAUGCGGCGCGGCAAGUCCGGUUCCCGAGCGAGGAUGGCUUCCACGUGGUGUUGUCUGUGGUGCAUCCGAAACCUCAGAAUAUGAAGGUGGACUUCACUGCCGGAGAGGCUGUCGAAGAUUACAUCGGUUCAUUUGUGGAUGAGCUGACGGACCUUCACAACUUCACGCUUAAGUCUCAGUGGCUCCACCUAUUGGAGUUCAAGUUACAAACCGCAGAGGUCCUGGAGGCGUCGUCUUGGGGUCGUCACUUCCCCGCGCGGCACGACCUCCUACCGCAGCUGUUGACACGGCUGGAGGAGCGAGCCGCCACCCCGGUGUCCGACAAGCCCGUAGUCAACCUGGCGCUAUACGUCGUGCCGUGCGACGUGGCGCCGCUCGCCAUAUACGAUAGUAGAGAUAUAAGAGUGAUGUCGCCAGUGCAAGCGUUCAUGUCCCCAAAAUGGGGUGGCGUGGUUUUCGGGAACCCCACGAAGACGGAGUGCGAGCAAAAACACUACACGCCCGAUGUGAAACUGAUAAUGGGCACGUUCAUCUCGCAACUCCGGAAACUGCUCGGAAUUACUGAGAAGGUCAAGAUACCGGGCGGUCACUUGGAGCCACUGUGGUCAGUAGUUCCACGGCGCUGGGAAGUUGACACCCUGCUCCGCAUCAGGACCCUAGAGCAGGUAUCUUCUGCGGAAAGAAGCCUGAAAUCGCUUGCUAAAUUGCUGGGUGAAAUAUCCAACAUUGUGAUCAACGAUGAAGUGGGCGCAUCCAUCAACCACGCUGUCGACAGUAUUCACAAAUCGAGGAGCCUGAUGAUCAGUGGAGACCUUCUGAACGCCUACCGCCAGUCUCAACAGGCUUUCCUUGCGGCUGAGACAGCUUUCAUGGAGCCUAGUCUACUUGCAUUACUCUACUUCCCCGAUGAUCAGAAGUAUGCAAUCUACAUUCCGUUGUUCCUGCCAAUAAUGUUUCCAGUGAUCCUGUCCCUCAAGAACCUGAUCGAUUGGUUCCGAGGGAAGCCCUCGCGGAAACUGAAGACUGAUUAAUGUAUCGUUAUAUUCCAAAUAAAAUGUAAUGGGUACUGGACUCGUGUUCACAAUCAUUACUCUAAAGUCUCACAGUAUAUUAUGCUAAGUAUAGUUUGCACUAGUUUCAGUGGGUGUCAUUAUUUCCGUUUCAACAAUAGACAAUUUCUACAUGUACCACUGGCGUGCACUCCAUACGUGGACAAAAGCUAAGCUAAGCUAAAGCUAAGCUAAAACUGCCUAACCUAAAAUUUAUAUAUAACUGGAAUGAGAAUGAGGAUUUUUGCCGUUUUAUGCAAUUUUCCUUCUGUAUGCAUACCCUGGUAGAGCAUAGAACUUUUUGGUGGUUUUUUCACCUCUUUAAUCUCAUCGGGGGCCGGAAUGCAUUAUUUUCCACCCGCAUUACAGAUGAAAAACGGCACUUUCCGAACAUAUGGAUAUGCUUGCAAAGCCGUAUAAAGUAAAUUGUACUACGUAUUUAUGAAAUAAACCUUCUAUUAAGUGUAUAAUAUGUGGUAAUGAUUGCGAAUAUGAAUUUAAGUCAUAAUAAUACCAAAUUACAAUUGUAUAAGAUAGUGAUUUAAUAAAAAAUAAACGAUAAAAUUUU